UUUCGAAUAGUGUACCGACGAAGAACGUAUAUUAAUUAGAAGGGAAAAGAACUGUGAAUUGUUCAUUAAAGUAGCUCACGUGUGACAGACGGAGUGCUUUCUUUGGACCUUCUUUCGCACGAUCUUUGGAAUGUUAUACCGAAUGGUUUAAAUUACACAUCACAUGUACAUUCUGGCAUCACUAGGAAAAUAUAAAACAGCUGAUACUAGAGCAAAACCUAUGAAAAACAUAAAAUGUACAUCGCAAUAUUGCUACGGAAAUAAAUGCAAGCAGACUAUAAUUAUUCAUUUAAAAAUUGCUUUCAAACAUGAAUCAACAACCUGACGACCACUUUCGUUAUAUUUACAGCUCUUCUCUGCAUGAGCAAGUGCAAAUAAAAGUUGGAACAUUGGAAGGAAAAAAACGGCAGCUAGAUUAUGAAAAACUGCUGGAAGAUCCGAUCCUACGGUUCUCGGGUCUUUAUUCGGAGGAAUGCCCAGCCUUCCAAAUUCGUUUGCAAGUGUUCAACAAAAAUCGCCCAUAUUGUCUGCCCGUAACUACAUCAUACAAAGCUUUUACAAAACGUUGGAGUUGGAACGAAUGGGUGACUUUACCAUUGCAGUUCUCCGACCUACCACGUACUGCUAUGUUGGCACUCACCAUUCUCGACUGUGCAGGUGCGGGUAAAACAACAGUAAUAGGUGGAACAUCAAUAUCACUGUUUGGAAAGAAUGGCUUAUUCCGUCAAGGUAUGUUUGACCUACGAGUAUGGUUAGGUGUCGAAGGGGAUGGUAGCUUUCCAUCCAAAACACCAGGCAAAGGUAAAGAGUCGUCCAAAUCUCAGAUGCAAAGGUUGGGAAAGCUUGCUAAGAAGCAUCGUAAUGGACAGAUGCAUAAAGUUGAUUGGUUAGAUCGCUUAACAUUCCGUGAGAUAGAAGUGAUAAACGAACGUGAAAAGCGCAUGUCUGAUUACAUGUACCUAAUGAUCGAGUUUCCGUGUGCCGUGUAUCAAGACUAUUAUAACUACUCCAUUAUCUAUUUUGAGCCAGAAGGAGAUAAGAGUCAUAAAGUAUUAACUAAACCAAAAUUAGUGACUAUACCUGACUCGGAUAUUUUGCAGGAAAAUCUUGUCGAGCGAAAACAUCAUCGCCUAGCACGUUCGGAGCGCUCGCGAAUUUCGGAUAGAGAAGCAAAACCCAAUGCCAUGAUUCGUAACCAAUUGCACAACAUUGUCUACCGUCAUCCCCCGACGUACAUUCUUAGUAGUGAAGAACAAGAUUUACUGUGGAAAUACCGAUUUUAUUUAACCUCGCAUCAUAAAGCCUUGACGAAGUUUCUUAAAUGCAUCAACUGGGAGAUUACACAUGAAGCUAUGCAAGCGCUUUCAUUACUUUCUAAAUGGGACCCUAUGGAUGUAGAGGAUGCUCUAGAGUUACUAAGCCCGGCUUUUACAAUACAAGCUGUUCGGUUUUACGCUGUCGGUCGUUUGACCCAAGCUCCCGAUGAAGAUUUGUUACUAUAUUUACUACAAUUAGUACAGGCUUUAAAGUAUGAGAGUUACGAUGACAUUGCGAAUAUGUAUAAACGGGUAUUUCCUGAUCACGAUAUUGUACGUUCACUAGAUGGCAACUCAACCAUCCUAGAUCCAAGUUCAAUUUGCUCGGACUCAAUUGGGGGUGUCGGUAGCGGUGGUUCAACAGUAAUCACAGCAUGCAAUGUAGGUGUACAGCGUGUCAUUGCAGCAUCUGCCAUUCCUCAUACCACAAUACAACCGAAAAUGCCCACACAUCGCACAUCCACCUCUGUUGCGCCGAAGUCGCUAUUAGAGAAAAAAUCUGCAACUUCAGAAACAAAGUUUACACCUACUGCAGUAGCAGCCACGGAUAUAACUGCAUCUGCUGCUGGUGGUGGUGGGGGUGAUGCCAGGGAUAUUAUAGGGGAUGGAGAUAACAACCUUAAAAAUAACGCUGCUAUCAUUGCUGGCAUUAGUGAAGCUAUAAAUACUCUGACUCGAGAUUGUCCCCCCUCCAAUUGUGUAAAAGAUUAUAAUAUCGAUCUUUGCACAUUUUUAAUUCAGCGUGCAUGUAAAAAUCCAACACUCGCAAAUUAUUUUUACUGGUAUUUGUCAAUCGAAGUGGAAGAUCACGAAUCCCUACGGAAGAAGGAUGAAAGAGUACGUGAUAUGUAUGUGAUGGUGCAGCGAAUGUUUCUUAAGGUCUUAGAAUCUGGCAAUUUCAAGUUACGAACCAUUUGGCUUAAUAUAAAGAAACAACAGAUAUUAAUCGAUGAGUUAGUUAAAUUAGUUAAGAUUGUGGCUAAAGAACCAGGAAAUCGUAAUAAGAAAACCGAAAAGUUCCAGAAACUUCUAACCGAAACCGAUACAUUUAAAAUAAACUUUACGAGCUUCGAUCCACGACCAUUUCCUUUGGAUCCGGAAAUUCACAUAACAAAAAUUGUACCAUCAAAAACGUCACUUUUCAAAAGUGCCCUUAUGCCAGCCAAAUUAACUUUUGUCACGACCAUGAGCAAACAUGAGUAUGUUGCAAUUUUUAAACAUGGUGAUGACCUCCGACAAGAUCAACUAAUUCUGCAGAUGAUUACCCUAAUGGAUAAAUUGCUGCGACGUGAGAAUCUCGAUCUGAAACUAACUCCAUACAAGGUGCUGGCCACCAGCUCGAAGCAUGGACUUUUACAGUACAUCGAUUCAUACACUGUGGCCGAUGUGUUGGCGCGCGAAGGCAGCAUACACAACUUUUUCCGCAAGCAUAACCCAUGUGAAAGUGGACCGUACGGUAUAUCUGCAGAAACUAUGGAUACCUACAUUAAAAGUUGUGCGGGCUACUGUGUGAUCACAUAUCUACUAGGUGUUGGCGAUCGUCACUUGGAUAAUUUGCUUCUGACAACGAAUGGUAAACUGUUCCACAUCGAUUUCGGUUAUAUAUUGGGUCGUGAUCCAAAGCCUAUGCCGCCACCCAUGAAAUUGAGUAAAGAGAUGGUGGAGGCCAUGGGCGGCGUUAGCUCCGAACAUCAUCACGAGUUUCGAAAACAAUGUUAUACUGCAUAUUUGCAUUUGCGUCGGCAUGCAAAUGUUGUGCUCAAUCUUUUUGGCCUAAUGAUAGACGCGUCCGUUCCGGAUAUCGCUCUCGAGCCGGAUAAGGCUGUGAAAAAGGUUGAGGAAAACUUGCAGUUGGGUCUAACAGAUGAAGAGGCAGUACAACAUUUACAAGGAUUACUCGACGUAUCGAUAACCGCAGUUAUGCCUGCUCUAGUCGAACAAAUACAUAAAUUAGCUCAGUAUUGGCGAAAGUAAAAGCCAUUUCCGGCUAUGCAUGUACGUGAAUGAAGGCUGUAGAUGAUUGAUGGGCUAAUAGAUACAUAUGUAUACAUAUUGAGGUAUAAGCUCCCUCAUUAUAAGAGAUAAAAAUUUCACCAUUUUAGAGUAUUCAUAUUUUUAGUGCGUAACGUUUUAUUUAGAUAAAUUUAAAAAUAGAUUUAUUAUAU